AUGGCUGUCAACAGUAGUUAUCUCCCUGAUACUGAUUCCUCCAUGAUUGAGGCGUGGAUUCUUCAAAUUGACGACGUGAUCGACAACUUUGACAUUGAUUUCAAUAUCAUGCCUCGUACUCCCAGUCCUUCAAAGCGACAAAGGACAGACCAACUACCUCUUGAUCCAAAUGCUACUCCACGCAUGUCGAAUGCUCCAACAUUAUCCAGCAAUACAUCCACAACAAGCUCUGGCCGCCAAAGUGGCUCUGUAAGCCCUAAAAAGCGCGAGCUUGAACUCCGUCAAGCAAUCGACUUUCCGUUGGAACGCAGAGCAUAUAAGGAAAUGCAAAAUCCACCCCAAAUCGUCAAAGAUUUAGUGGCCCUAACAAGAAGUGCUUCGAUUCCGCAUCAGUUCAAGGAGCGAAUGACAGCGAAAGCAAACCCGCUUGACCCCCCUCUGGACAGUUGGUUUCGGCCAGAACUGUCAACUGAAUCACCUGAUAUACAAGCGGAUCAAGAUUAUGUAUUCAAGCGUCUAAGCAAAAUCACUGAAAACUCGAAACAUUGUCAGCAGCGACUUGCUCAUGAGUCAAGUUGGAAUGACACAGUGCACGCUCCACUUCUGGAACUAGCUUUUGACGACAAUAAUAUCGGGCAAGAUGUUUACUAUCAGAACAUGUAG